GCCAAUAAAUUCCUGCGCCACAAAAAAACAAGUGAGGAAGGGAGACAGAUGCUACGUAACACAGUUCAUGAAAGAAGAAGAAAGAAGAAGGAAAUGAAAGUAAGUAGAAGCGAGCUCAGCAGGGCGGGGAAAAAUCGACGAACUGGCGACUUCGCGGUGGGAGCGGUGCCGGUUCCCUCCUUUCCCGACCAACCAAGCAAGGCAAGUCGGGCCAGUCUCGGCUACACUUGAAAACACGACUAGGCAGCGGAGUGAACGGAGGGCUGCAGAGGCGCGCGUGGAGCUACGGCAUGUAAUACUAAAAAGAAGGAAAAAUCGGAUAAUUACACGUGUUGGAUAAUUUGUAAACAGGUGUGUAGAAAAUUUAUACCUGUAAGAGACGCUGAAAAUAUGAGUUGAAUAUUUGUGAACAAGUGGAAAAAAAGAAAAAGAAAGUUGAUAUCCAUGAACGAGAAAGAAAAACAAGAAAAGAGUAAGAAAGACAAACAUAAAAGGUGUUGGUGAUAAAAGAAUUAGAAAAACAAACAAACUCGCGAGGUGUUGGUGAUAUCCAUGAACCAGAAGGAAGAAAAAAAUCUGAAAAAAAGUAACAAAGAAAAAAAUAAGAAGUAAAAGUGAAAGUGCGUGACUCAUGGGACAACACCGACAGCACUAACAAAACAACACAAAAAGAAAAAAAUGUGUGAGGUGCAAGGCGUCGGUGCCCCGGGUGUUGGGAGUGACAGAGAGGCGUCACCACCACCGGGGAGGCUCAGUGUGUCUUCCUCAGGGGGGGAGGAGAACCACAGCCCCCCCAGAGCCACCCUCCUCCUGGGCCACAACGGAGAAAGCCUCGCGGGGAAGCCUUCAGAGGAGACAUCGAACGCAUGCAAAGAAUCGGGGGAGAUCGAAGCCUCGGAACUGACUCCAGCGACUUCGAGUAAAAUGAAAGAGAAGGAGAAAGAGGAGGAGGGGGAGGAGGGAGACACAGGUGAGAAAAUAAUGCAUGAGGGGAAGAAUGAGGAGGAGGAAGGUGACAUACAGGAGAAAAAGACAGAUGAGGAGGAAAAGGAAAUAGAGAUAAAUGGAAAGAACAUGGACUUGGAGGGGAAUUCGGAGGAAGAAGAAGAGGUGAAGAAAGAGGAGAAAGAGAAGAAUGUGAAGGAGAAUGAAAGUGAAGCCCAGAAAGACGAUAGGGUGCAAGACGGUGUUUGUGAUGAAAGGGAGGAGAGAGAAAACCUGGAAAACGAACGCAGGGACGAGAUGGGGGAGAGCAAACCGAAGCUGGAGAAUGUGGAAAAUACGGCGCAGGUGGAGACGUUGGAAAUCACACCCCGGAUGGAAGAAGAGAUAAGAACGGAGAAAACAGCCGAUGAGAGGGAACCGAAGGAGGAGGAAAACAGGCAAGGAAAUAAUGAGCAGCGGGCGGCUUCAUCCUCUGAUUCCCCGAAGGACGAGAAGGAGGAGGAGGGGAUGAAGAAUGAGGAGGAGGUAGAGACAGCGGUGAAACAGAAAGAGAAGCAAGAAAACGAAGACAAGAAAGACAAGGAAAAACAGGAAGAGGAGGCGAAAAACAAGAGGGGAGAGGAAGACGUUGAGGAUGCAGAAACUGAGAAAAAAGAUAAGAGGGAAGAACACAAGAGAGAAGAGGAGAAAGAAGAGGAAGAAGAGGGCGUGGAUCCAUUCCGUUCAAAGACCACCAAGGACUCCUCAUCCUCACGCCGCGGAACCAAGAUCAAAACCGUCAACUUUCUGGACAGCGAACUCAAGAAGCAAUUCGAAAACAACCUUGCCAAGCGGAACACCCUGAACUCCACUUCUUCCUUCUCGUCCUCGUCCUCGAAGUCCAAGGAGGAGGAGGACGAGGAGGAGCUGGUCAGGCUGGAGGGAAAGGCGGAGGAGAAGAGCGUUAGACAGUGGACCCUCGGAGAAGGCAAUCCUGUCUAUCGUCUGUCCCUGAAGCUGUCGCCAAACUUGUUCAAUACCACGGAUAUCCCUGGAGCCAACCAACACAAGGAGGUGGAAAAGACUGGGUUCCUGACUAAGCUGAGCGGACGGAGCUUCCCUUACAUCGCCCAGUGGAAGCGGCGCUACUGUGUGUUGUCCAAGGGCCGCCUCUAUUACUACGAGCGGGAGGACAGCAAGGAGGGCGACAAGGCGAACGGUGUGAUCCAGCUUGAGUACUUCGACCAGGUGGCUGAGGCGGGGCCGAAGGAGUGCAAGAAGGCUACCAAUGUCUUCAUCAUCACCUCUCAGGAUCGGAGCUUCUUCGACCCCGGUCGGCAUCUCUUCUCAGCGGACACUCUGCCUGAGAUGAAAGACUGGAUCCGGAGGCUGCAAGCGGCCCUCGACCAGAUCCGAAACAACAACCGACCUGCCGCAUCCACCUCGCCCUCCGCGCCCCCCUCGGCCAAGGACGGAGGCGGGAAGCGGCGCAGAGAGGAGGCGGCAGAGAGCAAGGACGGCGCCAAAGGGAGUCAACAGCAGAACGGCAAUAAAGACAGGAAGAAGAAAAAGGAGGAAUCAGGUCGCGGCCGUAAAUCCUCGCGCGGGGGUGUAUCGAGCCAGACGCAGACUUCGAUGGUGGAGCCGACGACCAGCGAGGUGGACGGGGGGCGCCCCUCCACCAUCACUCCCAAGGGGGGCGUCAUGCUGCCGGGGUUCUCGUCUCGGAAGGACCCGCAGGCGAUGGGCAAGCCGGCGCAGCGCAGAAGCGGCGACGGCGAGGCGGAGGAGGACUUGCCGCAGGCGGGUCCCACGCUGCAGUGCGUCACCAAGAUGAGAGUGAAAGGACCUCAAGGUCGCCGAGUGCCGCAGAACCGACGGAUGGCGGCGGCGGCUGCCCUCAAGAAGAGGGCCAGCUCUCUCUCAGCCCUCGAGCACCAGGACGCCGCCGACAACAGCGAGGCGCCGUGGCUGAACCGCUCGCUGGACGUGCUGGGGGGCGGGGACCCCUGGGGCCGCAGACAGGCGGGCGCUGCCGUGCCCUCCACGAACCUGCCGUACAAGGCCUACAACUACUCUAGCGACGAGGACGACAUGGACGACGACAACUCGGACUCCUUCCCCGCCUCAGCCUCGGCCUCAGGGAUGCCGCCGCCGCCGCCGCCCCGCUCGGCCUCCUACGGGGUGGAGCUGCGGUCCGGCUCCCAGGGCGGCGCGACAUCACAGGACCGUCAGAAGCAGCGCCGCUCCCAGGCUGACCCUCGGGGCUCGCAGGGGAACCUCGUGGGCUCCAGGGACUCCAUAGUGAUGUGGCGCGGGUCAAACAGCGAGGUGUGGCUGGGUUCGCGGAACUCGCUGGGCCAGAAUGGUCGCGCCUCGCCCGUCAUGGAUGACCUGGACAACCUGUUGAUGAACCAGAGCGUCCAGCACUCCAGCGCCGCCGUCGACACUGCCAGUGACGCGGGUAGUGAAGGCAGCAGCACCUGCCGCGCCACCGACCACCUGCAGCCCACACCUGGCCCGGACCAGUGCCCCCACCACCAUCACCACCACCACCACAACAACAACAACCACAACCACCACCAGCAGCAGCCCCGCAAGAAGUCUCAUGACCUGAACCGCUUCACUACCGCUGUGAGACACCUGCAGCGACACGUGGUGGAGAUCGACCGUGCGGUCUUUGCCGUAACGGGCGACGUGGCCGGCACACGGAGAGAGGUGGAGACGCUGCGGGAGGCUGUGACUGCACUACAAUCCGACGCCGACACCAUCACCACCACGCUCUCCAACCUGACGCAGGAAGCCAUCACGGCCCAGCAGAAAAUCUCCUUCGCCAUGCAGACGGACGCGCCCAAUUUACUGCCGGAGCAAGAAGCCGAGAAGGUGACGCUGUCGGUGAAGGAGGCGCUGCGGGAGGCCGAGAAGGCGAGGCAGGAGCAGCUCAGAUCGAGGAGGGAGUACGAGGAGCUGGUGGCGGAGAUGCGGGUGGCUCUGCAGCUCUUUAGAGAGAGGGGUCCUGCCUCUGUGCCCGCCCCUGCCCCCGAAACAGCCCCCGAACCAGAGCCCGUUCCUGCUGCGGUUACCAAAUCCCCGUCCGGCUCCCAAGUCAACAAAGGUUACCAGUCCCUCUUUUCCAAGUCCUCCAGCAUCAUCUCCGGGCUGACCAACCGACACUCACUCUCUAAGUCCGUGUCCUUUGCCGACCAGAAGAACAAGGAGAGACGGAAGAGCGAGGGGACAGAGGCCAAAUCGAGCAGCUUAGACAGGAACAAGAAGUAUGACAAGAAGGACAAAAAAGAUGUAAAAUCUCAGACGUCAGUUGAGAGUAAAGACAAAGACAGCAAAAAGGACAAGCACUCCCACACACCGGAGAAAAAGGACUCGAAGCAGCAGCAGAAGCAAAAGUCUCACCCAGAGGCAGGUCACGGCGACGCCCGACGCUCGGAGGACAGGGAGACAGAGAGGAAGGGGCACGGCAGCGUGGACAGGCGGGAGCGGCGGGCCAGGCAGGAGGGCCGGGACAAGCGGGGACACAUCAUUUCGCCACUCGCUCUGGACGACAUUCCACUGGCCGACGACGUCAGUCAGGAGCACGAGGCCAAGGGUGAUGUCCACGCCGCGCCGCCCUCCGGUGCCGGCGCCGCCGAGACGGAGCAUCAGAAAACGUCCUACAAGCAAACCCUCAGCAUUUCUUUGGGUCAGCCCUCCACAUCGACCUCUGGGUCCCAUCCAGGGGCCUCCAGUCGACCCCAGGUGUUGACUCUGGGUCGCGAGCGCCACAGCGGAGAGAUGUCCAACUCACAUGCCUCUCCAGAUUCCCCCUUGGCAACUUCCUUCUCGCGACCCGGGUCCUUCCUGCCCACCCUGGAGGAGUCGCCGCCUGUGUCCCAGACCACGUCCCUUACAUCGCUGCACCAGCCCGGCUCAACCCCUGGACCGCAGGCUCGGCAGGGGGCCAUGAGCACCGUGUCCAAGGAGCUGGCGGCGGCCAACCCCUCCCAGCCCCGGCGCGGCACGUUUGCAAUCAGUCGCCAACACUCCUCGCCUAACAUUCCCCUCCAGCGGCAGAACUCGGGCACAGCAUUCCCCAUCCAGCGGCAGCAGUCCCUGGGAACGGUGCCAGAGGGCCGCCUGCCGCGCCAGGAAUCCCUCACCUCGGUGCCAGAGGAUCGUCCCGUCGGGGACCGUACCCUUCCCCUCUCCCCAUCCCCAUCUUUGACCUACUUUCCCCUCUCCCCCACGGCCUCCUCCUCCACCCUGAGCGACACUGCUCGGCGCGCUGCGAGGGAGUCCAUGGAGCUGGUGACGGGGCCGGUACUGGCAGGAUCGGCCAUGCAGGAGGCCAAUGCCGUCGGCGCCCUCCCAGCCCUGCCUGCGGGGGACCAGCACGUGCAGCCCGCCGCCACCUCCACCCUCAAGAGGACACGCGACUCUCACCGUGACAACGUCGGCAUCCUGGUGUGAUCCUCGCGGUCUCAACCACUUUGGGGCGCUUCGGAUCUCCACAGACGUCAACUUGUCACGUUUAGUCAGUAUUAAACGAUGUUUUCAAGUGGAGUCUGAAGGGGUCGAGCCAGAGACCCUGCUGAUUGUUGCCUUAUAAUAGCUUAAAAUUACGUUACAGCAAGUGUCCUUUCGGUGGGCUGAGAAAUGGGGCUGAGCACAGUCGUGGGGGCGUGGGAAUUGCAAUUGCAUGCAAGUAUUCAGUAUUGAAAAUUAGGCUGGUGCUCCAUAGUGCUUCCGUUCAAGGGAGCGUAAAGAUUAACAGACUGUGUUUCGAAUGAUUGUAACUGAUCGGUGCGGACAUUUUCUAGUCUUUUUACUCUACAAAGUUCCUAGACAAUGUUAACAGAUUCCUUUUGGUGCUGGCACGCGGCAGCCGAGUUCUCGAGGCAAACAUUUUAGGUCAGAGAUGUGCUUCCUGACCCGCCUCAUGUGAAGCCUCGAGGCGCCGGUGCUGCCGCGUUAGUCAAACUCUUUAUAAGAUAACCGCGUGAGCGUGGUGGUUGUGGACAAGUUUAAGACAGAUUUGUACAUGCGUUUGGAGCCGCGGCUGAUCGUCCUCCACUGAUCCUAACACCCUUUGUUCUUGGUGACUAAAUUGACUGUUUUGUUCUAGUGUUGCAUUACGAAAUGUUUCUUUUUGGCCUUGAAUUAAUAAAAAAUAAAUCUUUAUUCGUGCGGAGCUUAGAGGGAGGAAAGAUAAAGACGGGAGGGGAGGAAGAGGGAGGGAGGGAAGUGAGGAAAGAAGGGAAGAGCGGACAGAAGAGUCAGCGAAGGGGAAGAAAAUUUAAGGAGCAAGUGGAGCUGACUCAUCACUUGGCCCAUUAUGUGCCUUCCAGCAGCCCUCGCUCCCUCGUCUAGGCGUGUCCCUCCACGUCGCCAGAACGAAGAAAACGAAACGAACCCGACACCACGAGCUGCUGUGGAGAGGGGAGAGGAUGCUGUGGGGAUCGAGUGUUGUUUGUAGGUGGUGUGGGUAAGAAUAAGAUGAUGUGGAACGGGAGGAGAUGCUGUUGGAGGAGAUGAGGUGAUAGGGAGUAGAUGCUGUGGUGGUGUUAUUUGUAGUAGGUGAUGCGGGAGAAGAUAAGGAGCUGUGGUGAGUGAGGGAUAGUGUGAGGUGAGACAAGGGAUGGAGAAGCUGUGUGUAUCAAAGUCUAUAUAUACCAAGUCAAGUCACUUUGCUUCAAAACUGCGACCGGUACGCGCAGGAGGCGGUUUUGGGGCGGAGCAGCGGGAUGACGUCACUUGGAGCCUUUCCUCGUUUUCUCUAAAUCCCUGUUUCUACAUUCUCUAGUUUAGUUCCAAGCAGUGUCACGCAUAAACCAUGACUCGGCCGUGUCUCCUCCCACAAACCUGCGUAUGACUUGACUUGCUGUAUAUAGACUUAGGUGUGUAUGGCGUAGGGCGGAAGGAAGGUGCUGUUUGGGAAAGGUUACAGAUGAGAUGUGACCGGAGAACCUUUAUUGUGUACGCUCUAGGCAGGAGAAGACGCUGUGAGAGGAGAUGGUGGUGUGUCCAGGGGGAGGAAAGGGAAGGUACCAGGAUUGCAACACGCGAACCUCUCAUCCACUACUGUCACGUAACGACGGGCAGAGGAAACAAAGAAACUGGAGAAAGGUUAACCUGGUAGCUGCGGGGAUCAUGUUUCUUAAAGGCCUCUCUAAGCGAGAAAAAUGAGAAAAAAUCCAAUCACGCAAACCAUUUCAUAAUAUAUAAACGCAUUUGGGAUCAGUUUAUGCAUCAUCUACUUUUUGGGGGUUUAUAUCAUGGCAAAACUGUGGCCCGUCGCUGGUACACGGUAAAGCCACAAAUUUGGCCCGUCGCUGCUACCGGGUUAAUGAAUCUCGACCUCGCCUGGAACGAAUCUGCAGCCUUACGAUUGUGCCUUGGCCGUGCUGACCCGUCUCGUGCUAUCCCCUAUUACAACAACCCAAUCCCAGCAGCUGAUUGGAAGAUGGGGUCACGCACACGCACACACACACGCACACCAUCCUUCCUGACCAUGCUAUCUUUUUUUUUUUUUUUUUUUUUACACCAGAGGAGACAGCACAAGGACACACAAAAAAAGGAAGCAAUAAAAAAAGGACCGCUACUCGCUGCUCCUGUAAAGAAUCCGAAGAGGUGGCCGAAAGAGCAGUCAAUUACGCUAUUUCGCGACCUACUUAUCCUAUCCUGCUGGUUUUCCCGUGUGGAGGGGGUGGGGAGAGUGUGGGUACCGGCCCCUUCCACCCCUUCAGAGGAGCCUACAGCGGAACACAAUAGCUUCCCCCUUCUCUCUCUCUCUCUCUCUCUCUCUCUCUCUCUCUCUCUCUCUCUCUCUCUCUCUCUCUCGCAUCUGAAGGUCUGCCGCGGCGCUCUGAUGUAGGAGCUCCGGUGAAGGGUCAAAGGUCACGCGAGGGAGGGCACAAACAGCAUGGUCAUCCCCCCUCUCUCUCUCUCUCUCUCUCUCUCUCUCUCUCUCUCUCUCUCUCUCUCUCUCUCUCUCUCUCUCUCUCUCUCUCUCUCUCUCUCUCUCUCUCUCUCUCUCUCUCUCUCUCUCUCUCUCUCUCUCGUUCAAUAAAGUGCAGCAUUAC